AUGGUUGCGACAAACUCACUGGUAGAUGAAUUUACCUCUGAAAAAGAGGGCGUAGACAUCUCACUGGUUGAAGAGCGUGUAUGGCUAAAGUUAACUCCAGAAACGUCUAAAAUCGUGAAGAAAGGGGACGGAAAGAAGACAAAGAGGAAUAUGGAGGCACCAAACAUCCCAUUUACAUUGGGUAUCAUAGUUCCUGGUUGUCUGAACCGCUACCCCUAUUGCACCUGCAUCCACCACGAGGCUUGGGAUAUGCAUACGCAGCAGGCUAAGACCCGAUGA